CUAUAACAUAACCUUAAAAUAAAAAUAGAACUUUUCAAUACGCAGUUGUGAAUUUCUACAAGCAACAUGAGCAAAAUAUUUACUCCUACUAAUCAAAUACGUUUGACGAAUGUGGCCAUUGUGCGAAUAAAAAAGACAGGAAAAAGAUUUGAAAUAGCUUGCUAUCGAAACAAAGUUGUGUCAUGGAGAAAUCAAGUCGAAAAAGACAUAGACGAAGUUCUUCAAACACACACAGUGUUUACUAAUGUUUCUAAAGGACAGGUUGCCAAAAAAGAGGAUUUAAUUAAGGCUUUUGGUACAGACAAUCAGACAGAAAUUUGUAAACAAAUCUUAGCAAAAGGUGAAUUACAAAUAUCAGAUAAAGAAAGGCAAAGCCAAAUUGAACAAAUGUUUAAGGAUAUAGCGACAAAUGUUGCAGACAAAUGUAUAAACCCAGAUCUGAAUCAUCCAUAUCCUGUGACUAUUAUUGAGAAAGCAAUGAAAGAUGUCCAUUAUUCCAUUAAACCGAAUCAGUCCACCAAACAACAAACCUUGCAAGUGAUUAAAUUAUUGAAAGAUUUUAUGCCUAUUCAGCGAGCAAAGAUGCGACUUAAAGUUAGUUUAGGCAAUAAAGCAGCAAAGAAAUUGAAGGAUAAAUUGUUGAAAAUGGAGGACGUGGAGAUCGAAAAUGAAGAUAGAGAUGAAAGUACGAUUACUUUCCUCUUUCUUGUCGAUCCAGGCUAUUUCAAGGAAAUCGAUGCUCUGGUUAAAGCUGAAACUAAAGGGUCGGCGUUUUUAGAAGUUAUAUCGUAUAAAGAAAUGGUAGCAGCAGAUGAACAUUUUUGAAGUUGUUUGAUUAUAAUAUUGUUGUAAUAAAUUAUUUAUCUUUUGCACUAAUACGUUAAUAUAUAUAUCGUUUGUCAA